GUCAGCAUUUGGCAAUGGUUGUGCUUUCCAACAUGAUGGCUAGUAUAAUUCAAGAUUACGAUAUUCGUCGUGCGAGCAAAGAGCAGGAUUGGCAGUAUGAGGCAAGACCUACUGCUGUUGCCCAUUCAUGGCCUGCAUAUAUCGCAAAGGCAAGCAGUCAUUUCGUCUCGACUAUUCGCUAAACUAUUCAAAGCUAUAAUGUUGCAUACCUGGGUGUAGAAGGAUGUAUUGAUACUUUAAUUGCGAACAGAAA